GGCAAACUCGCUCUUUCGUGUUGCUCGCACCUGCACCACUCUGAAUAGUGCUUUGUUCGUAUCAACGCUGCUAAUUGAGCUCGCGAAGGUCAGUCGCUCGUCGCUCGUCGCUCCCUGAACACCAACACGUGUGCGACGUGUCGUUAUGGUUGAUUGCUUCUGCAAUACUGCUUGCUGCGCUCAUCUGAGCUCACGAUGCCACCUACCUCGCGAGACCCCCUGCCUGGCGAGAUGCACGACGAUGACAGCGCCGGCGAGAACAAUUCCGGGACAGCAGCCGCUGCUGGGGAGAAGGAAGGCUCCCCACUUCGCGAAGCUACCGAUGAAGGCGUCAUGAACGGCGAAGAAGGUGCCGCGGACGCUGCAGCCGUGAAAGUCAGCAUCGCACCUGCAAUUAUCGGCUACUUCGGUAUGAUGUUUGGAAACGGCAUCAUUCCGUUUCACAGUCAGAUCCUAGAUGCGAAAGGUUUCUCUCCUUAUCAGAUCGGCAUUCUCGUGGCAUCGAACCCGCUGCUCAGCAUGACGCUUCUUCCCACCCUGAGCUACCUCGCCGACAAGUUUCGCUGUGAGACAAAAAUGGUGCUGACGAGCAUCGUGAUUUCAUCCGCCUCCGCGUUCGCCUACACCAUGUCCUCUGCGUCCUACCUGGUAGUCAUCUUCUUCCUGGUGAUGUCCGCGUCGCGCAUCGUCAUGAACCCUCUUCUUGACCAGCGCACACUGAUGAUGUUUCCUAAGGACGGUCGGUCCAGCGCGUGGAGCUACGUACGCUCGUACGGGGCGUAUGGAUGGGGCCUUGGCAGCCUCGUUGCCUCGUUGAUCUACACGGUGACCAAGAGCUGGGUGGCGGUGGCGGCGCAGUUCUUCGUUGGCCAAUUGGGCCUGGCCUACUGCAUGAUGGUGGUGAUGCCGUACGAGGAGAUCGAGAAGGUGCCGGUGCGCUUCAAGGAGGUGCUCCACCUGCUCGCCACAAACGUGCGGCUGACGCUGUUCAUCUUCGCCGUGACCAUGAUGGGCACGGGCUACAGCUUCAUCACCAACUUCCUGUUUUUGUUCUUAAAGGACCUCGGCGGCUCCAAGUUCCUGAUGGGCCUCACCAUCGUCCUUACCGUCAGCACGGAGAUCCCGCUGUUCCAGAUGUCGGAGCGGCUGCACCAGAUGUUUACGGAGCGCCACAUGAUGACCAUCGCCAUGAGCGUGUGGACCUUCCGCGUGGUGUGCUACUCGCUGCUCAGGAACCCGUGGUGGGUGCUGCUGAUCGAGCCGCUGCACGGCGUCACCUUCUCCUUCAUGUGGCUGCCGUCCGUGCACCUCGUUGCACGCGCCUUCCCGCCCAAGCUGUCCAGCUCCGCCACCGGCGUGCUCUUCACCUUUAUGAGCGGCGUUGGUCCUGUGGUCGGCAACCUGGUGGCUGGCACGCUGUACAGCCUGGUGGGUCCACGCAAGAUGUUUCUCUGCGCUGCCGCGGCGAUGGGCUUGUCGCUUGUGUUUUACCUCGCGAUGGACUACACGCUGGAGCGGCGUGGCGUGUCCGUUGUGUGCGACUACGACGCCGCGGACGUGACGAUGGUGGACAUCGCGAGAGCCCCGAUGUGGUGGCAGGUGUCGGUGAGGUCCUUGUGUGCAAAGGCCAACCGUUGGCGGCAAGCGAAAAGGGUGAAGAAUCUCUGCGGUGUACACCUCGGCACGGAGACGGGGCAAACGGCGGACGUUAAGUAG